AUGGCCGCAGCCGAGCGACAGUCACAGCCUCCAGCCUGGAAGGCAGAGGCUCUUCGACGGAAGUUAGAAAACGAGCGUUCGAAAGAUGUUGAACGCCGGUGGGAGCAUUUAAUUAAUACCGAUGGUGCUGAUGCGCCAGAAUGGAUGCGUGAGACGGCCUUGAAAAAGAAGGCCGCCCGUGCCAAUCUGACUGCCAAUGGAAUACCGCCUUGGAUGCAAGAGAUGCAGCGUCGAAAUGACAACCUGACCAAGAAGAUGAAAGAGGCUCAAAAAGUGGAAGAAAUCGAUCCGGCUGAAAGGGCUCCAACGUCUACCGCCAACUUGGACGCCACUAACCCGAAGUGA